CUCAUCGAUGACAAGAAAUCUCUGAGUGAGCGAUGUGAAUCUCUUGUGACCGAACUGAAGAAGGUGGAUCAGAAAUACUCCAGUAAGAUCCGACAGAUGCAGGAGCAGCACGACGCGGUUUGGCAGACUCUGGGCCCCCUGUGUGAGGAGAUGAAAAAGCUGCAGGAACUGAUGACGGCCACCGAGAAAGUCCGCCGAGAGAAAUGGAUCGACGAGAAGACCAAGAAAAUCAAAGAAAUCACUGUGAAGGGCCUAGAACCCGAGAUCCAGAGACUCAUCUCCAAACACAAGCAGGAAAUCCGCAAGUUGAAGGCGCUCCACGAGGCUGAGCUCCUGCAGUCUGACGAAAGGGCCGCUAUGCGUUACGUGCGCCAGGCUGAGGAGCUGCGCCAGAACGUGGAACUGGAAAAGGAGGAACUGAGCCAGAAGGAGCGAGAGCUGGCAAAGCAGAGGUAUGAGAAACAGCUGGUGCAGGAAGAGCAGUCCCUGCAGGAACAGCGCCGGCGUCUGUACAGUGAAGUUGCCGAGGAGAAGGAGCGGUUAAACCAGCAGGCUGCCAGGCAGAGGGCGGAGCUGGAUGAAUUGAGGAAGCAGCUGGAAGAUAACUGUGCCCUGGCCACCCGCGUGCUGAGAGAAGAGUACGAGAAAAGCAAAGAGGAGCAAGACCGGCGGCACCAGGCCGAAACCAAAGCCUUAAAGGAGCGAUUAGAGAUCGAGAAGCAGGCGUGGGAGCAGAACUACAUGAAGAAAGAGGAAGCCUGGCUUCUGACCCGGGAAAGAGAGCUCAAAACCGAGGUCCGGAAGGGAAGAGAUAAGGAGAUAGAACUGGUGAUUCAGCGUCUGGAGUCAGAGAUGUCAACAGCAAGGGAGGAAUGUGAAAGAGCCGCUGAGAACAGAAUUAAAAGAGUUCGUGAGAAAUACGAAUCGGAAGUGCAGGAAUUGGAGCAGUCGGAACGGAAGCUGCAAGACCGCUGCAACCAGCUGAAGGAGCGAGUGGCGGAGCUGGAGGGGGAGCAGAUUCGACUGCAGGGGCAUCUGAAGCAGAGAGAGCAGGAGGUGGAGGACAUCAGGAAGAUCACGGAUCGGUUAAACGAGGAGAGGAAGAGCCUAUCGGAUGUGAUUCGUCAGGAGUUCGCAGAGCGUCUGGUGGUAACAGAAGAAGAGAACAAGCGGCUGAAGAUCGAGGCUUCGGAAGGGCAGGCCCGGCAUCGCCUGGAGCUGGAAAGAAUCACACGGGAAAAGGAGGAGGAGCUGGAGGAGGUGCACAAAAGGGUCAAGUCUGCCAUUGUGAAGAAGGAAGAGACUGUGAACAGCCUCCGGAAGCAGUGCGAGGCGGCGGUAAAGCGAGCCGACCACCUCGAGGCCUUGCUGGAGCAACAACGCAAGCAGCUGUUAUCCAAAUAGCAGCCAUCUCUGUUCAGAACAACCCCACCCCCACCCCCACCCCGGCGGCUCCCUAUUCCACUACAUAAGGAUUUUAGUUUGUAUUUUUAUUCCAGAAUGUUCCCGACAUACGUUCUGUUUGGUGCCUCUUGUUUUUUUAUCUGUUUAAAUAUAUAUUUUUGUUUUUGUAAAAA